AUGGGCCGGCCCGGCUCUCCCUGCCGAGAAAUGGGCAGGCCCGGCGGCGCUCGGGCAGCGGUGGUGGCGGCGGCGGCUCAAGAUGGCGGAGCUGCAGCUGGACCCGGCGAUGGGCUGAACGUGGGCGGCACCUACUUCGUGACCACCAGACAGACCCUGGGCCGGGAGCCCAAGUCUUUCCUCUGCCGUCUCUGCUGCCAAGAGGAUCCGGAGCUGGACUCGGACAAGGAUGAGACAGGGGCCUAUCUGAUUGACAGAGAUCCCACCUACUUUGGUCCUAUCCUAAACUACCUCCGACACGGGAAACUCAUCAUUAAUAAGGAGUUGGCAGAAGAAGGUGUUCUGGAAGAAGCGGAGUUUUACAACAUCGCCUCUCUGGUGCGACUAGUUAAGGAAAGGAUACGGGACAAUGAGAACAGAACUUCACAAGGCCCCGUGAAGCACGUGUACAGAGUCCUGCAGUGUCAAGAGGAAGAGCUUACACAGAUGGUCUCCACUAUGUCUGAUGGUUGGAAAUUUGAACAGCUAAUCAGCAUUGGAUCUUCCUAUAACUAUGGAAAUGAGGAUCAGGCAGAAUUCCUCUGUGUUGUCUCCAGAGAACUAAAUAACUCUACCAAUGGCAUUGUCAUAGAGCCUAGUGAAAAGGCAAAGAUUCUUCAGGAGAGAGGAUCUCGGAUGUAAAUGAAGAGUCUGACACGCCAGAUCCUAAUGGUCAGGAGAGCAGUCCAGCAGAGCGUCUCUCUGAAGUUACUCCUGCUCCUGUACAGUCACCGAGCUGCUGCCAAGCCAAGCCAGGCCUGGCCCCAGUGGAGAAGUGUUCCGUCAAAACCAAAGGAACCCCCACCCCCACCUGCAGGAAUCCGGAGACAGAAACCUGCUUUUGUUUUCUUAGCCAGUGUUAUAACAAACCUUUAUCACAGCAGCUGGGCCCGGUUCCCAGUUGGAGCCUUUAUGGGGAUCUGGGGGAAGGGGAAGAGGAGGGCCCCACUCCUUGUAAAUGGCCUGCACCACGAGGACCUGGAGCAAGCGAAAGAGGAUGUGUCUCCGAGCUGUGCCGUGUUUUCACCUGAGUGUGCCAAGGUGGAUGUUUGCAGCUGCUUUGUAACAGUCUCCUCUUCUUUGCUCCCUUAAUGCAGAGGAUGCAGAGAAUUCUAGCCUCAGUUGGUCUGACGGACUUGAAGCUUUGGAUAAGGGAUAGAGUUGCCCAAGUACCCCUUAUUCCUUUUGAACAAGAGCCACUUGGAGGAGGGGUUGCCCGGGUGUUCUCUCCCUGGGUCUGUGAUGUGGCUGGAUGUUGGCAAUUGCUGCUUGGAAUCCAGACCCUCGGCUGCUCCCACGUCAGCUUUGCCUCAUUUGUCUCCAGCAGCCUGGACCCUCCAGAGGGUUUGCUUGCUCCCUGAGAAGAGGUUUGAGACAGGCUGCAUCCUGCACUGACUCAGACAGCUGGAGGAACGGGAGCCGUAGUUCGUUGGUAGAACUGCUUCUGCAGCCUUUUCUCACCCCCAUUUACCCUACCUUCCUUUCCUGUCCUUCUAAACUGGACCUAGGAUAGAGGGACUUUGUAGACCCUCUGGUGACUUGGGGUGGGGAAGGGUGUUUCUUUGAAAGUUGCCAAAUGUGUUAGGUUGUGGUAUCUGAAAGUGUUAUUUCCGUGACUGUCCCUGGGAAAUACCUUGACUGAGCCUGUGGUACUUGUGCCUCCCCCAGUUUCUGACCUUGGCAAGCCUGGCCCCUGCGGUCUGCAAGCCUCCAUGCCACCCCAGCAGUGUGCACGUCGGCCGGGUCAUCUGCGGAGCGCUGCAUCUCUGAGCCACUCCCCACCUUGCUCAUUUCUGUGGGCGCCGAGGACCAAGUCCUUAUAAGCCCUUCUUUGGGCCACAACCACAGAGCUUCUGUCUGGACUUUCUCCCUGAGCUUUGGAGCCUUGGUGAGCAGUCGUGGAAUGCAAAAAGGCCAGAGAAUCCUUAUUUUUCCCCGGAUAACUUCAGUAGUUCGGCCAGUUGUGUGGAGAAGGUGCCUCUGGGGACGUUCCACCUGUGAAAGGCCACAGCGCAGGCCAGUCACUCCUGGCACCUUCAAAGCAGAGGUUCUCUGUCUGCACAGCUCACCUGCCUAAGAGGCAGGCCAAGGGGAGUGGUUUUUGCAAAAGACUGUGUUAAAUGUGUUUUGAGCUUGUGACCCGCCCGAGCCCAGAUGGUAUAACUCUUCCCUAGGAACCUCACUGUUUCCCUUCUUUCUGUGUGUCUGUAGACUAGGCUAGAAAUGUGUGUACCCAAGGUGCUGGGGGUCUGCUGAUACCUGUCCGUCUCCACACCAAUGUAAGUACACGCGUUGGCGCCUGAGAAGGCCUGGUCCGUGCCCAGUAUUUUCACAGCCAUAAAGUGUUAGAACUUUUACCUACAGUGAAAGCAGCCACCCCUUCAGAAAGGUCACAGGCAUCCAUUCUGUCAUAUCUUUUAGGGAAAACAAAGAUUUGGAUCGAGUCAAGGAAAAGUAAAGAAAACGGAAUGAGCUGCUGGGACCAGAGCAGGAUCAGGCUUUGGGAGAGGCGCUCUGGCCAAUUAGAGCAAGUGAUGCGUGACUGACCAGGAGGAAGAGAAGCUAUGCUGGGGCCUGUGCCCAUCAUGCUAAUUAGUUUAGGCCCUUGGUCCCUCUCUGCUUUCUGGGGCCUGCCUGGCAGUCGGCACGGGCUGGAGUGGAUGCCUCCGGUCCCAACCCCAGCCUUAUCACCAGGGUCGGCAAGAAGGAGAGGAGAGGGCUGGAGGGCAGACGUUGGGCAGGGACCUCAUGGAUGUGUUUUUAUUCUUACUUUUCAGAAUUCCACCACCGGUCCUGUAAAAAGACCACAGUUGAGCCCCAAACUAAGUGCUCUGAGAAGCACACAAAUGACACAGCUCUUAGAGGGUGGCUUUCACCAAGACCCCUCCUCACUGCAGCCCAGUGGCAAUUGGAACUGUCCCAGUACUCCGGGAAUCUGAGGACGAGUUGUUCCUUAGGGUUUCUGGGAAAGUGUUUUACCCAAGUCCUUUAUGAGCCAAGGUGGUGGUCUUUCUUGGAGCUUCUCCCCCAGAGAGUCUGGCUGAUAGCUUGGGAGCUCGGCUGCCCAUCAGUCUGGAGCGGGGGUGUCAGGUGACCCGUGCUGCCAGGCAGGGCAUGUCUUCCUGCCUUUCCUGCCCCAGGAGCGAGGGCCGGGGAGCAGACUGGCAUCUUGUGCUGGCGACAAGUGGUAACGCUUCCCUUUUCUUAGAACCUGGUCCUUUUCCUUGGCAGAGAGGGGGCCCUACCUCCUCGGAAGUGACUUGUUUCUGCACGUUUGUAUCUGAUCUCAGGGUGUCUGUGAGGUGUGGGGGAGGGCUAGAGCUGCUGAGGGCGUAGGGUGCGAGGACUCCGCCCCUCCACCAUGGCCUUUGACCCAGCGUUAGGUGCCGUGCCUGUCACUCGUUGGUGCCCUUUGCUGCCAUCUGUGUGUUUAAAUCAAGUCUGAAAUGCUGUGACUUUUUUUGUCAAUAAAGACAA